AUGGACGACAACGACGACGCCCUUGGCUCCGCUUUCGGCCUCGGUGCCGUCCUCGCAGAGGUCGGUGUCGACAGCGCUUCCCUCAAUGCAUUCCUCGAAAGGACAGAGGGAGCCGGAGCGCGUGACAUGGCCGCCGCCGUCGACACGGACGAGGGCAAGUUUAUGGACGACGUCAGCGAGGCAUCGCUCCCAGACGAGUCGGCAGACGACAAGGCUGCACGCAUCCGCGAACAGGCCGCCAUCAAGGCAGAGGAAGAACGCUGGGCACGUCGCGCCGCGGCCGAGCUUGCUGGCACGGCCGCUGGACCGUCUGCCGAAGCCAAGAAGAAGCGUCGACAGCGCGAGGAAGGCGAAAAGGACCUCAUCAAGCGUGCAUGGCCCGACUAUGCGCCUGGAACAAUGCUCAAGAUGAGCGAGAUCUUUUACGAGACGCCAGGCGACCUCUUGAGCUUGAACGCGACGUUGCUUGGCAAGAAGCGACGACUGCUCUCUGGACUGCCUCACGAGGAAUUUGCCAUUGCAGUGGACAUUGCCAAGGCGCCAUCCCCUACCCUCUCAUUCCUGUUGCCCAACCUCCCUCCCCUCCCCGCGAUUGACCCUCGACAACCAAACUACCUGAACCCCAUCGGCGAGUUCUUCGACCCAGAAUGGAUCAAAGACUCCCGGGAACGACGACGGGUGGAGAUGACGAAACCACCAAAAAGCGUGCGCUUUGACGCUAGCGCUGAGAGCAGCAAGAUGCUGGAUCUUGCGGAUUGGGAGAGUGACAUUGUGUUGUGUUCAAUUGAGGAAGCCCCACCCAUGGGCCACAAUGCGUUACAACUGCGCAACGAACACCUCGAGUCUGCAGAAUGGCUCGACGAGGUGAUCUGGGACGCACGACGCGUGUCAACCGACUUGAUCGAGGAGCACGAGGAGACGGAGGACACCGUCGCGUUGCGCGGUGAGGAGAAGAAGGAAGACGCGCCAAUAGCGACCAACAAGCUCGACCUGUUCAACAUGUCCAACGACCACCUGUACGAGCACACUCGCGCGUCACGAUACCGCAUCCGUCAAACGUUUGGCGCCAUCGAGGUCUUCCACUCUCUCCCUGCCAAAGUGCUCCAGAUGCCGUUCUACAAGACCACGCUGUCAAAGAACGAGGCACGCGCAUGGCACCGCCCUCCCCUCCAGUUCCCCAGCGGCGUGUGGCUGUCGUUCAGCAAGCUCAAGGGAAACCCGUCCAGCUCGAAGAAGGCAAAGCAGAUGGUGGCCGACCCUGCCGAAAAGUUCAAGACCACCAAGGACCUCAGUCUCACUGAAAAGGGCCCAUUUGUCCUCUUGGAGUUUUCAGAAGAGUACCCGCCCAUGAUGUCCAACUUUGGCAUGGGUACAACGAUUGUCAACUAUUAUCGCAAAAAGGACGACAAGGACGAGACUGUGCCCAAGCUCGAGCUUGGCCAGCCGUCCAUCCUCAACGUCGGCGACGCUGAGCCGUUCCUCCUUGGUUACGUGGACCCAGGCAAGGUGACCCAGGUGAUCCACAACCACCUUCUGCGUGCUCCGAUCUUCAAACACCAGUCCGAACCAACAGACUUUUUGGUAAUCAGGCAAACGAUCAAUGGACACACCUCAUACCACAUCCGCGAAAUUAAGGACGUGUUCACUGUGGGCCAGACCCUGCCCAAUGAGUCCGAGGUGCCGGGACCGCACGCACGCAAAAACACCAACACGGCCAAGCUGAGGUUGAUGAUUGUCGCGUGGAUCUUGAUCAAGAAGAACCUCGACCCCGCCAAGCAGCGAGUCAAGCUGUCCCGUCUCAUCAAGUACUUCCCUGACCAGACCGAGCUGCAAAUGCGCCAGCGUCUAAAGAUCAAGGGCAACGAGUUCCUCGAGUACGACAAAGAUGCCGGCUUCCACUCUGGCUACUGGAAGCUCAACCCCACCUACGAUUUCCCCACGGAGCGUGGCGAGGUCGAAGCGCUCGUCACUCCCGAAAUGGUCUGCUUGUACGAGGCAAUGCAGGUCGGAGCGCAGCACCUCCGCGACGCCGGUUACACCAAGACGGCCGAGGGGAAUGCCGACGACGAGUUGGGCGAAGGUGGCGAGGGCUUGGACAUUGAACAGCAGCUCGCCGUCUGGGCAACGACUCUCAACUACAAAAAGGCCGAGGCGCAAAAGGCGUGGCUCCUGGUUCACGGUGACGGUGACCCGACUGGUCGUGGCGAGGGUUUCAGCUUCCUCAAGACCAACAUGAAAAACUACUUUCUGCGCAAGGGAGAGACCGAGGAAGGACGACGACUCGAAGCCGAGGCCAAGGCUGGCGGCGGCCCCGUCAAGAUCAGCAACGCCGAGCAGAACCGCAUCUACGAGGAGGAGAAGCGCAAGGUGUGGGACCUGCAGUCCCGCGCGCUGUCCAACGCCAAUGCACCAUCCCUCACUGCCGACGACGAGGUGCCGGCGACUGCCAACAACCCUGCUGGCCUUGCGGCUCGCUUUGGCGGCAAGCCAGAGUCACGAGGCCACUUUUCUCGCGCCGGCAGCCUGGCCGCCACUCCCGGCGGCUUUGACAGCCCCAUGGACGCACCUCAGUCGCCCUCUGCGUUCUCGUACGACGGCGAGUCGCAGUUCACCGGUAACGACCGUGGUGCCGCCAAGGUGCUGCGUAUCAACCGUACGGUCCGCGGCAAGCCCACCGUCGAGAUUGUGCGCGACCCGGCCGUCAUCCAGAGCUACCUGCGCCGCGUCGAGGAGCGCAAGCUCGCCCAGUUCACCGAGGAGCUCGACCACCUCAAGCCCUCGGGCGACAUCGAGGAGGACGAGCUCAAGAUCCAGGCGCUGCGCCAGGAAGUCAUCCGUCUCAAGAAGAACCAGCAGCGUCGCCAGCAGCGCAAAAAGUAUGCCGGCAAGGGCGAGCUGCCAGAGGUCGCCGAGGGCGAGGGCAAGCGCAAGUGCGGAGCGUGUGGCGCGUACGGCCACACAAAGGCCAACCGCAACUGUCCAAAGUUCCAAGGCAACGUGGCGCCGUCGCCUACGACAACGCCCGUCUCUGCACCUACCCCCUAUGGCGUGUACGGCGCGAUGGACGCACCGCCAGCGACCCCGACCGAAUCGGCUCCUGCUCCAGUCAAGAUCAAACUGGCGCUCGGUGGUCCCCGCGCGUAG